AAAAUUUCCCAAAUCCUCAAUUCUAACCCAAAACCCAAACGACAGUGAGUAGAAGCAAAGGAACAACUCGAACCAUCAAAAACCAAUAUCAAUCAAUCAAUCAAUCAAACCCAAAAAGGGGUGUGUGUGUGUGUGCAGAGCAAGAAAUCAAUGGCGGAAGGUGGGGAGAAGAAGAGGGUUGUCGUGGAGUCGUUAGGAUGGUUAACGGAAUCCACCAUCAUGCCCAAAAAGAUCCGACCAAUUGAAGGCGUCGGUGCUUCUUCCAUCCUUGAGCUUAAAGCCCAAUUAUACAAAUCUCAAGAAGAGGCCAAACGCGUCGCCAAAGAGACCGUCCACCCUUCUGCUGCUGACCCGAAUUAUUCCCAUCUAGAGAUCCAUCGUGCAAAGAAGAAGAUAGCUGCCAAGAACGUCUUUUCGUCUAAAAAUCAUGGGGUUGAUGCCAGAGAGGCCAAGGACAAGCUUGAGAUGAAAGCAAUCAAGGAUGGUUCAGUAAGCUAUGCUGCCUUAGAACGAAAGGCUAAGUUAUAUGAUAAGCUGGUGAGGGGUGAGCUUUCUGAUGGGGAGGAGGAAGAGAAGUACUGUGUUGACUUCUUUCGGAAGGGCCAGGAGCAGGAAGACUCUGAACAGCUUCAACGGCAUGACAUUUCUAACACAGAACCAAGAGAUGAAGAUGGAGAUGAUGAUGCCUCCCUACUAUCAGACACAAAAGCUGCAGGACUUGGCCAAGCUGGCACAUUCGACCGAAGUGAACAUAAGCGUUUCGUUAUGGAAGUUCAUAAAGAAGCAAGUCAAGCAAGGGAAAAAGCAUCAGAACUCAAGCUACGUAGGCAAGAACAAGUUGCAGCACGUCGAGAAAAACUAAAGCAGGCUUAUCUCCGCAAGCAGAUUGAGAAAUUGAAGGCUUCCAAGACAGAGCAGACAUAGACCGGAGGAGGUGUUUUUGAUGCUGGAAGUUUGAAUCUGCACUUCAUUUGAACAAAGCCCUGAAGGAUAGCGAAUCCAAGCAUCAGCUUUGGCAACUUAAAAGACGGGAUGCAUCUAGCACCUUGAAUUUCUGGACUUUCUUAGAUGAAACCAAGUCGUUUCAAGUGUUGGUGCUGCUUUAUGAAGGAGUAGAGAGCUCAAUCGUUUUAGCAAAUGCUCCUAUGUAAACCCUAAUUAUGACGAAUUCUCUUGUUCACUUUCAUGUUUAUCAUGUAAAAGCGAUUACUUUGUAUACGUGGUGGAAAUGAAAAUAGUGAAUAUCUCAAAA